UGUGACCCGACAGGAAGCGGCGGAAACAAAGAGCCGUUCAUCUUCCCAACAACAGCUGGAAGCUGCUGGUGAUUCACAAAACAUGUUCAGUUUUCACCUUUUAUCUGGAUAUUAAUCACUAAUCUGCUAUUCAUUAUAUAUAUAAAAACUUUAUUUAAAGAGAAGAAGCUAGUUUUAAAACAUUAGUCUUUAAAGUUGCUCUGUUUACAGUUUGUUUUAAUCCGACUUGCAAAAGAAACCCAACUGGUUGAUGAAUGUAAACUUUAAUCCACUUUUAAACGUUUGUAUUCUUCAUGUUUAAAAAGUAAACGGCUGUUUUGAUAUCAUGAAUAAGAAAAAUGAGGAAUAAUCUCAGUUUUUUACUCUUAAUGUGACAAACAUCCUGCAUAAUUCAGCUGGAAAACAAACAAAUUUCAGAAGAAAAUAAACGUUUUAGAAGAAAAUUAGGUUUUUGUUAAGAAUUUGGAGUCACAUCUAUUUAUUACUCUACAUGCUGCAGGUUCAUCAGCUCCAAUGUUUUCAUAGGGUCAGGGUUAGGGUUAGGGUUAGGGUCAGGGUCAGGGUUCAUCACAGAGGGUUUCCUGUUUUAACGUCUUUGCAGGAUUUUACCCAGAAGAGACAGAAACUUUUAUCUGUAGAAAACAAGCAGAGAAAUUGUUUGUAGCUGCAGGUAGCUGCAGGUUUCACCGGAGAGAAAAUCUCUGCCAGGAACCUGUAGAAGAUCUCAGCACUUUAAACAAACCACAAACCUUCAGAUCCAUAAACUCUGAACUAGUUUUAAUUCCUCCUCAGUUUCAGGAAGUCGCUGUGUUUUUGUCGUAGUGAGUUUUCAUUUGCAUGUCAAUAAUCUGGCUUUUAAUUCAUGAAAGAUGCUUGUUUAGUAACAUUUCUACAGUCUUAUUAAAGUAUUGGAAAAUUCUGAAACUGUUUGAUCGGCUUUUUAAAAAAAAGAUAUUUCCAUGAAGUUAAAUAAAGUAAACGCCAUGUUGGUCUUUCCUCUGGGACGUUUUUAAUCAUUUCUCUUUUUUAGUUGUUUUUCGAUCUGUGGUGAGUUUGAGUUUUAUUUUAUUAUUUAUUAUUUAUUUAUUUUGAGUCAUUAUUAUGGAAAAGCUGCUUCUUUUAGGUCUUUUCUCUUGGAAAUCUUUAUUAAAGAAAAAUCCUGACAUUCUGUUGAGGACAAAAUCUCUUCAGAACUUUUCUGAGGUCAGAACUCCGUGGCUCUUCGUCCAGUUUGGGAAUUUAAGGCUUUAUUUAUUCAGGAAACAGAGACGGUAACAAGUUUUUAAGAUUUUCAUCUAGAAAGGAAAUCCUGGACACGUCGAGGGAAGUGAGGAACAAAUCUGGACUUUACCAAGAAAGAACAAAUACCUUACCAAGACCAGGUAAAGAUCUAACCAAGACCAGGUAAAGACCUUAUUGAGACCCUAUGUAAAGACUUGUAAAACCUUGUAAGUCUUUGCAAGAGUGAAAGUGGGAAACACACUAAAAUAGUCAGACCUAAAUAAACAUCUCUAUAUCUAGAUAUUAGUCUUAUUAGAAUGAAAAAACCUCCACUAAGACCUGGUGACAGAUCCAAACUCUGCGUCUUCCUUGAUUUUCCUUCUUUGUUUGGUUUCCACCAGCAGCUCUGAGAGAAUCACUGCGCUGGAACUAAAAGUUCAUUAUUUCUUUCAUCCAAACAAACAUUUCUUUUUGCCUGUUUUCAUAGAUUGAAUUAAAUAAAUGAUAAAUGUAAAUAAAGCAGCUCUUUAAAAUGCUGUAGAUCUUUUCAUGUUGGAGACUUUUUUACUUUGGAUCUUAAAAACGGGUCAGAUUUCCAUUAAUAGCCUCCAGAUGUUCUGUAACACCUGGAUCUUCUCCACCUGUCCGACCCAAAGCUUCGCCGCCAGCCCUGCUGCUCCGCCGGGCCGGCCCCUCCCCUCCUGUUUGCACUCAUUGAUCCGAACUCCCGGGAGGAUCAAUGAGUGCAAACAGGACCCGUUUGUUUGACCCGUUUGAUCCUCCCGGGUCGCAGAUCCAGACCCCUGCUGGACAAAGGCGGCUCUGUGGAUCCCCCUGCCGGACCCCGCCCGCAUUUAUAAAAACCCCCGACAUACCUGCGCAGGAACCGGACCGGGAUAAGCUUCUGCUCAGGUGUCACCCGAUAGCGAAUGAGAGCUGGAGGCUCGGAGUGAUAAACAGCUAAAGAAGCUGAGGAUUCAUUCUGCUGGGAGUAAAGAGGCUGACCCACUUUGGCUGGGUGUGUCGACUGGAGGGACAAACUCCAACGUCUGGAAGACAAAUAAGGUAAAACCUUACAGUUUGUUUGACAAAUGCAUGAAAUGGAUGUUAAUAUUGUUGUUUUAUAAACAUGUUCUGUGAAUAUUCAGGCUGAUAUUUAACAAUAAGUGGAUUUUUAGCUGAAAGAAGCUCCUGCAGAUCCUCUCUGGAUGUUUCUGUGUCCUUGGAUUCGUUUGGAGGUCGACUGGAAAACAGGCUGGAGUAUCAGAGUCAGGGCAACUUUCAGAAAACAAACCAAUCAACAAAUCUGCAGGAAAACUUCAGGCUGAAGAUAGAAGAGGUCUCCAGAAGUCUAGAGUUUAUUCUUCCUCAUGUUGGAUGUAAACUCUGGGACCGAAUCCUGGAAGGCCGACCCAUUUUUAGUGCUUAGAGUCCAUCAGUUUGUUCAUUUUUGAGAACUUUUCUCUGGGUUUUCAGUAGAAUUGUUUCAGUUUCUCACCAAAUUGCUCCUGAAUUGAAGAAAAGUUGCUCUUUGGUAACAUUUGCUGCUGGAAGCUCUUAGCUUUUCUUCUCCACGUGUUGGAAACAGUCGGGAGAAACGACUCCAGCAGGCCUCCGCUCUCCGUCCAGGUAUUUCUGUUCCAGUCAGUCAUGGUUUCCUUGGACAGAAGUUGUUUCUUUACUUCCCUUUCUUCACCUGCUGCCAUUGUUGAGGAAGCUCUGCACUGGUGGCAACAUGAUUUUAUUGGAGUUUAAUGUUUACUACAUGAAAAUGAGGAAAAUUUCUCAAAGUCCAAACGUGAAUUUCUUUAAAUUCUUCUAAAAUAUGUCUUCAGUUUUAGUUUGUGCUUGAUUUUUGCCAUCUUGUCUUAAAUCAGCUGGAUUUGUUCCUGUUUAGGUGUAGAAUCUGGAUUAAAUUACAGACAGUAUGCAGGGCUGUGCAUGCAGGUGCAGCUCAACCUCCUCAGUCAUCACUCCUCCACCACCGUGCUUGGCUGUUGGUAUCAGACGUUUGUGCCGAAAUGUCCAAAGUACAAACCUAUCGGAUCAUUUCAUGAUUAGCAUUUAGCAUGCUAACUCAGGCUGUUGUAUUUAUCUUGUUUGAUAUAAACUGGGGAGGUAAAGCUGGAGCUCCUGUUGCCUCAGCAGCCGCCGUCUCCAUUAACACGGAGGCUCAGGGUCUUCAGCUGCCAUUAAAGAUAAAGUGUAGCAGCGUUAGCGUUAGCCCCCCGUUAGUGAUAUCGCUUCCUGCUCCAGGUGAAAUCCAGACGGUUCUGUGAAGCAUCAGCAACCCACUUGUUGGUGUCGUGCAGCAGAGCCACAGGUGGGCUGAGCGGUUUGGAGCCACUAACCGCUGAUGCAGCGGGCGCUGAAGGCCUCGUCUGGCGCUGCAGCAGUAAUCGUUAUGGUGAUGGGGGUAAUUUAUGGAGCUGGUGUGAGAUGCUGGAGUAAAUGCAGGUCUCUGUUACAGCCCGGCAGGAAGCAGCUGCGAUGUUUCCCUCCUCCUCCCUGAUGGCUGUGAUGAAGCCGACUAUGGAGGGUUUUCUGGCUUCAUGUUCUCUCUGCACCAAAUAAAAACAUUACAGGAAACUUCACCUAAACAAACUGUAGCAGGAAUUUAGGUAAAACUGAACAUCAAUAAAACUGAAACAUGGCAGAAAUCUGAACCACUUCCUGAAGCGUAAACCGUCCUGGUAGCUGCGCAAAAACAAAUCCUGUGAUGUCACUGACACAUGGUGGGUGAUUAGCCCCGCCCCCCGGCCCGAUGCUGACUUGUUCCGCUAGUGAUGUUUGUAUAGCAUGUAGCAUUAGCUUCUACCACAUACUGUGGUGCUAAAGCGUUUUAGCAUUAGCUUCUGCUAAAUACCAUGUUAGCGUAGCACUGUAACUGUUAGCACGAUAUAUCGGUGCUAACAUCAGUAUCAGAAGAUGUCAGUAAAUGUUUUGACGUGUCUGUCUGGCUCCAGUAAAGCUGAUUUUUAUGUCCAUUUUGUUGCCUUUUAUUUCCGGAGGAAGCCUGGAGGUGACGGUGUUUGGGGUCAGAGAUGGUGACCUUGGGGUCACCGUCUCAUAAGCUAACCAUUGGAAGGCGCCACCUUAACGGGCCGGUGCAGGGCGGAUCGCUGCUCUGAAGCUGCCAUUUUUCUCCAAUAAAAGCUUUUUUAGUUUUCAUUUUGAGGCUCCUCCAUCUGUUCUUGUUUUAUUGUGGUUCUAAUGUUUUUCCAGUCAGAUUUUCUCGGCAGGAUCUCAUCAUGUUUCUGCUGUGGAUCUUCAUGCUGCCGGCGGCUUCCUGCACGCUCUCCGGCAGCGCCGCGUUCUGUCCGGACCCAGAGGGCAGCAGCCGAGACGCAGGUCAUGUAAUUGAUUGUCUGGGUCUGCGCUUCGUCUGGCUCCACGCCGUCUUCGAUAACUUCCCCUCGCUGCUGAGCUUCGUGUCCAGGCUGCGGUGUGCAUCAGGGCUGUGUCCGCGGGACCUGGAGGACUACGGCUGCUCCUGCAGACAUGUGGCGUCUGGGAACCCGGUGGAUCCUCUGGACACCUGUUGUGCAGCUCACAGGCGGUGCUACCAGAGUGCUGCCCCCUGCAGGCAGCCGCUGCCGCUGCCUCCGUAUAAUUUCUCCUGCUCCGCAGAAAGCAGCAGCUGCGACGUUGGCGACGCGUGUCAGCAGAAAUUUUGUGAAUGCGACCGAGCCGCCAUCGACUGCGCGACGCGGAGCCGCUACAACCCGAGUCUGAGGGGCCUGACGGAGGCCGCCUGCUCCGCCGGAAAUGCUCCAGAUUGGCUCGGCGGCGGCGUGGCGGAGGCUGACGGCGUCUUCAACAGAACAGAUGUUCUCACAGCAGCAGAGCGGCUGUCCAGCGCCGCCCCGCCGCCCGCAGAACCGGACCGGGCCAUGAGCGGUACUGUGGAAAGCCAAAGUAAUCCGGCUGGGCUGGACGGAGGAUUCAUCACCGGACCACCAGAACCGACCGUCCUCCGGACUCGUCCUGAGGAGUGGGAGGAACGGGCAGCCGAGAGAAACCGAGAACAGCAGAAACUCCAGAGUUUGGUCUCUAAUGGCCUGAAAGAGGCAGAAGAAGUGGAGUGGGAGGACCAAGCUGAAGAUCAGAUGACCCAGAGUCCUGCAGAAAUCAGCCUAACGAGUCUCACGAGUCCAACAAGUCUCACGGGUCCAACAAGUCCAACGAGCCUCACGGGUCCAACAAGUCCAACGAGCCUCACGGGUCCAACAAGUCCAACGAGCCUCACGGGUCCAACAAGUCCAACGAGCCCCGAUCCGGUCCAGUUGGUCCAUGAAGGAGCGACCCCAAACGGGCCGCCGUCUCCACGGAGACCUGCUGGUGUUUAUUAUGGGAUGGAUCAGACGCAGAUUCCUGCUGCUGGCGCCGCGCCGUCGGUUCUCACCUCAGCAUCUCUGAGAAACACGCUGCUGGAUGGAACCGGUGUGGAGCUUCUGUCACCCGCAUCUCCAACCAUCGCCCAGAACAAACCCACAGGAAGCUCAGCGUCAGCUGGGAAAUCUCCACCAAUCACAGCGACGACAACGCCUCUCUGUGAGGAGGAGGAGGAGGACGAGGAAGAGGAGGAGGAGGAAGGCUCGCAGGAGGAAGACGGGGCGGAGCCAGGUCCGAAGAGGGCGGUGCCGUUCUUCGCCUGGUCUCUGCUGGAGUCCGUCGGUCUGACCGACAUCCAGCAGCCGGGCGGCCGAGAAUGCAGCUCCUCCUUCAGCGUGUUCAGCAGCGACGGCCGGAGCCGCAGAGAGAUGCCGGCGCUGGGGGAGAUGCUGCGCUGCCUGACGGGACGAUGUCCGCACGAGUACGAGAUGUACGGCUGCUACUGCGGACAGGAAGGGGCGGGGCUUCCUCUGGACCAGCUGGACAGAUGUUGCUUCUUCCAUCGCUGCUGCCUGAAACAGAUCGACUCCCUGGGCUGCCGAGCCGACAGGAAGCUCAACGCUCACAUUUCCUGCGAGAGCCGCAACAAACUGCGAUGUCGGGGCAUCACAGUGUGCGACAAACUGCAGUGUGUGUGUGAUAAAACCACAGCACAGUGCAUGGCUGCGGCGCACUUCAACCACAGCCUGCCGUCGCAGCGCUGCCGCGGACCGGCGCCGCCCUGCCGCCGGGCCGCCAGGCCCCCCAAACCCGCAGCGGAACCGGCCCGGUCCAGUGAGGAGAGCAAACCCAGCCAGUCUGAGGAGCCUGAGACGAGUUCUGCUCAGUAUUCAGACAGUGAUCAAAGUUCUGAUGUAAUAAAUGAAGAGACGCCGACUCCUGCUGGAACAUCGAGAGCCGAGACCGAAGAGCUGCAGACGGUCGGUGGGAUUCAGAACCAAGACAGACAACCGGCGGGAGGACCGGGAGAGGAAGAGGAGGAGGAGGAGGAGGAGGAAUAUGAAGAAGAGGAGGAGAAGGAGGAAGAAGAAAACUAAACCAACCACAGAAAAGUUUACAACUCAAAAACUUCAAUAGAAACAUUUUAUUUGAAUCUCCAACAUAAAAUUUCAACACAUUCUGAGACAUUAUCGUAAACGCCGAGGCUCUGCUGCAGCUCAGGUUCAGGAAAUGAGACGAGAGAACAUAAAAGCCAAUCAUCUUCAGAUCAGUGAGUCCAGAACAAAAACGACGACAUUUCCUGAACCUGCAGGAAGAGCUGAGCCUUGGCGCCACCUAGUGGUCAUAAAUCACUGAACAACAACUCUGAGCGUCAGCGUUUUAUCUUUGAAGGUGAACAGAGACGAGACGUUUCUCUAAAACUGGCACAAGAAUACAGACUGCUGCAGCACAGACGAAUAAAACGAGAAGGUUUCGCUGUUGCCGUGGAAACGAGCGGCUCCAUCCUGGGCGCGUCCCACAGUAAGGCCGGUCUAAUCGGGCUGAACAUUCAGAGUAAAAACAUUUCCGUUGUGCUGUUUUUGUGCCUCGGAACCGUUUUAAGUGCAAACAUGUGGAACCGCGAUCCGUUUGGGUUUGAAAUGCCAGAGCUGGUCUCUCCUGCACUCAGCCGCUAAUACUGACAAACUUUCAUGUGCAAAAAUCAAGCAGUGGUCUGAAGCCGGAGGCCUGUGCUGGUGUUUGACAUGUCUGACAAUUUGGUGAAAAGGUUUAGCUCUAAAUUAAAAAUCUUUCCAUAACAGCUCAUUUUAGUCAAAAAUAAUUUCUAUGAUUAGAGACAAAGAUUCAUGAUCCAAAUGCUAAACGACAACAAACAAGAAACGAUGAUUCAGCAUUUUUUCAGUGAUAUGUUUGAAAUCUCCACCAGGCAGCAACUGAACCAUGUGAUGCAUAAAAUGUACAAAAAUAUACGAUCUGCUGCGUCAGCGACAAUCAGCACGUUUUCCAGCCACGUCUAAAACAAGCCAGUCACCGGACCGGACCGGACCGGACUGGGCCGGGCGGUGACACGUCGGGUUCUAGACUGAUCAGGUUUUACAGUGUUUUAUAUUUAGAGAACGAAUCAUGUGGUUAGUUUGGGAAGGUCGGGAUUCACCAACGGAUCCGUUUGCUCCGGUUCGAUCUGAACGGACCGAGUUUGGAUCAGGUUUCUGUACAGAAGCUGGUGGACGAUCUCAACCUGCCCGACCCGCCUGACGGCUGCACAGAUAAACUAUUACUAGACUAGACAACGAUGUCGAUCGAGUCGAGAUCAAACUCUUGGAGGCAGGAAAGCAGCCC